CUCCGUGGCUCCCACCGCCGCCCCAGCCGGGCAUGUGCCGGCUCCUGCAGCAGCUGAGAUGGCCCACGCCGGGUGGGAGGUUGCUCGCGAGCUGCAAGAAAGCAUCCGUAAAGUUCUCAACCGGCCUGCCGUCCAUCUCCUGGUGAGGGUGAAGCUCGAAACCAAACCCAAGAAAAAUGAAGACCGGGUGCUGGUUCUUACCACCUGGCGUGUCUAUUUGUUUGGAAUUAAGAUGCCUGCCAAGCCCGAAAGCUCGUUCAACGUCUUGGAGAUCCGAGCAUUAAACACAUUGAAUCAUAACCAGAUCUUGGUGGAAACAGAGAAAGCAAAUUAUAACCUGAAAUUUCCAACUGCAGAAAGUGCCGGACAGGUGACCAGACACGUCAACUCUGCCUUAGCCAAAAUUUUCCCCAGUCCGGCUUCCGUCUGCCUGAUCCGGCACGGGAACGUGGAAACUCCUGAGACUUCCCGGGACGUCUCCCCCAAUUCGGAAAGUUCGAAUUCCACCAUUCACAGCAUUUGCGGUGGUUUCUCUGAAACGUAUGCGGCCCUUUGCGAUUACAACGGACAGUCUUGCCGGGAAGAAGUUCAAUGGGACGUGGACACGAUUUAUCAUUCUGAAGACAACCGGGAGUUCAACCUGUUGGAUUUUUCCCACUUGGAAAGUCGAGAUCUGGCUUUGAUUGUGGCAGCUUUGGCUUACAACCAGUGGUUUACCAAACUUUACUGCAAGGAUUUGCGGCUGGGCUCCGAAGUAGCCGAGCAGAUUCUGCACACGGUGAGCAAGUCCCAUCACCUGGAGGAGCUGGUGCUGGACAAUGCAGGGUUAAAAACGGAUUUUGCCAUGAAACUCGCCAACGUUUUGGCGGAAAACCCCAACACCGCCCUCCACAUCCUGACGCUUUCGCACAACCCCCUGGAGGACAAAGGCCUGGGUGCCCUGAGUCAGCAGCUCGUGUGCUUCCCCAAAGGCCUUAGCAAACUCUGCCUUUCCAAGACCGGCAUCACUGCGAAAGGACUUGCCGUUUUGUGCCAGACCUUCAGUGCCAACCCAGCGUUCACCAGUUCUCUCCGCCAUCUUGACUUAAGCAAAAACCCGGGCCUUCUGGGCACUGACGAGGCAAACAGUUUCUACUCGUUCCUGGCACAGCCCAACGCACUGAUACACCUGGACCUCUCCUCCACGGACUGUGCGGUAGACGCACUUUUUAGUGCGUUGCUGCACGGCUGCUGCCCUCGUCUCUGCUACCUCAAUCUUUCACGCAACACCUUUUCCCACCGGAAGGGAAAAGAAUUCCCGCCCUCUCUGAAGCAGUUUUUCUGCAGUGCCUAUUCACUCAAUUGUGUGAAUCUGUCCGGCAUCAGGGUCCCCGUAGAAGCCUUGCGGUCUCUCAUGCAAGGUUUGUCCGCCAACACCCACCUCAGCGAGCUGCACCUGGAUCUGAGCGGAUGUGAGCUACGUUCUCCGGGAGCUCAAGUGCUUCAAGAACAAAUGCCCGGGAUCAGCGCCUUGAGCAGUCUCAAUAUUUCAGAUAACGGCUUCGACACGGAUUUAAUCACCUUGCUCCCAGCGCUGAGUAAGAACAAAUCUUUGAAACAUCUCUGGCUCGGAAAGAAUUUCAACGUCAAAUCCCGGACUCUGGAAGAAAUUCUCCAGAAGAUAGUGCAGUUUAUCCAAGAAGAAGACUGCUCCUUACAGUCUUUCUCGGUGGCCGAUUCCCGGCUGAAAAGCCGCUGCAGCAUCCUGAUCAAUGCUCUGGGGAGCAACACUUGCUUAACCAAAGUGGACCUGAGCGGGAACAGCAUGGAAGAUCUCGGGGCCAAGAUGUUGUCCAAAGCUCUGCAGAUCAACACCACGCUGAGGAGCAUUUCUUGGGACAGGAACGGGACCACCGCCCAAGGCUUCCAGGACAUUGCCCGGGCCUUGGAGAACAACUACACGCUCAAGUUUAUGGCUUUGCCCAUGAGUGACAUCACCACAGCCUACCGCAACGCCCCCGACAGGACGGACGAGAUCUGGCAAAAGAUCCAGUGGUGUCUGCUGCGGAACAACCACUCUUCAAAGAUCUCUCAGGACCAAGCUUUCCGUCUCCACCAAGGAAUCGUCACCCAUAGCGCCGAGCAAAUGAUGAGCCGGCUUUGUGUGCGGGUUCAGGAGGAAUUACGGGUCCUGCGAACAUGCUCCGUGCAGGAUUCUGUCCAGGAAGAAGUCCUUUAUGCCCGGAAGUUGAUGAAAGAAGCCAAGAAUUCCAGAGCGCUCUUUCCCAGCCUAUACGAACUUGGGCACCUCUUGGCCAGUGAUGGGCCCGUGCGGCACCGCCUGGAGUCCAUGGCCAACGAAGUGGCCAAAGCCGUCGACAAGGAACUACAGAUGAUCUUGGAAUCCAUGGUUGAUCUAACCCAGGAGUUGUGUCCACAUGCCGUCCAGGCCGCUGAAGAACAUCACAAGAUGUUGGCAGCUGUUUCCGAGCAUAUCAGCCUGCCCCGAAACUUUAUCCGAGGGGCUUUGCUGGAACAAGCUGGACAGGACAUCCAGAACAAGCUGAAUGAAGUGAAGCUCUCCGUGGUGACGUAUCUCACCAACACCAUUGUGGAGGAACUUCUGGAGGAGUUGUACUACGCUCACAAGAACCUGGCUCAGCACAUCACCCAUCUCCACCGACUUUCGGACGGUCAGGAUAGCGUGAUCCUUCCCGAACAUCCGGGGAAACCCCAACUCCAGGGACCAAAAGAGUUCACCGACCAUGAGCUGGAUUCCAACAUCGACACCAUGGCGAUCAAAAGACAGAAGAACUGCCGCAGGAUCAGGCCGGCUUCUGCCUUCAUUAGUGGAUCGGAACAGGACAGCGACCUCGCGACUGCUAAUAUGAGCUCACCUCUGGGGUGGAUCGCUCUCGUGGGCAACACUCCCUACCCCUAUUCGCACAGCGCCUCCUUCGAUGGGUUUUGUGAGCUGCCCACAGACGGGACUCGGCUUGAGCACCGGACGUGCGGCAGACCCCGGCCGCCUCGUUCGACCCGCUUCCGCUCCAGUAACCGACUUUUUCGUUCCCUGGAAUCCAGAGAACAGGAGAACGGGUUGGUGCCCAGACUGGAUGAGGGUCUGGAUGAGUUUUUCAACCGGAGAGUCCUGAGCAACACAAUAAGUUCCGCCGUUUCUCUCCCGCCCAGCUAUCCUCGGAUAUCUGAGAGCUGUGCGGUACGGCCAGGCCUGUCCGAUUCCCUCCCACCUCUACAAAGGAAGAGGAAAAAGGGACUCUUCCAUUUCCGCCGGUACCGCAGCAUCAAGGGAGAGCGAGACUCCGACGAUCUGCCCCCCAAUCCUCCCCCGCCUCCCCUGGGAGGGGAGGACCCGAAGCCCUUGAUGUACUCCGUCGCCCACGAGAAAGAGUGGAAACUGGACCAGGACAUGGCGGGGGGAACCAUGCUGCUUCCGGGAAUGGCGACCGCAACAGCGCCUGGAAGCAGAGUCAAAGGCCUCCCAGGCUGUUCCAAACAGAUUUCCACUCCUGAUUCAGAGAGGGCACCGACGGACGGACGGAGGACCGAGUUCUUACAGCCGUCGCGCGUCCAAGGAGUGCCGCUGCCGGGAAUGGAACGUGCAAAAGGGUGGAGUCUGGAUGCUAAGCUAGAGAGCGUUGAAAUGGAACAAAGGACAGGAAGUUUACGGGAGCAGCAGAGAAGGCGAUCCUCCGACGACACAGGGCAAAGAGGAUGGAGGCCUCACCCUCCCCUGCAGAGCAGCAAGCCAAGUUUUGCCACCAUUCGGCGGGCCGAAGCCAGCUGGGAUAUAGCUGAAGAAAGCACAUCCCGGGAGAGUGGGGGCAAAGGCAACCUGCGAGACCACCCCCUGGAAGAAAAGCCGACGGGGGCCGACGAGAGGGGCGUGAUGGGGGGCACACCAAAUUCCGAGAAGGACCGACUGACGGCACCGCCCAGUGCAAAACUACAGCAAUUCAGGGAUCUCUCUUCCACUCCUCGCCCUCCCAAGCCGGUUGCCCUCCCCAGGGGCCGGAAGACCCCCAGCCAGCCGGAAAGAAGUCGCAGCAACGAGGAAGGCAGUGUAUCUGGUGGAGCCAUUCUAGAAGAUUCCUGCACCUUUCCUCCCGUCGCUCAACCCCGACGUAGACCGAAGGAGCAGGAAAACGAAGGACUCUCUGAUGCUCCUCUUUCCAUUCCAGGGGAACCCGAGGUCGGGCGGAAAAUGGCGCCUCUCAAACCAAAGAGAACACGGCGGGCACAGUCCUGCGACAAGCUAGAGUCCGACCGGGGACGGAACCCGGGAUCUGGAGGUAUGGCAGAGCUGGCAUUCCCAUGCUCGUGGGAUCCAGAAGGUGGGAGGGAACUUUGGAGAGAGGAGCAGCGAAGCGGUAGAGAAGGAGGGACAGAAACUGGGGGCGGAGUCAAAAGAGGAAUCAGCCUAGAAUCUCUACAUCAGGAAUCCCCAACCUGUGGCGCACUACCGGCUGUGGUCUGUUGGCCACCGGGUCGCGGCACAGGCUGGCCAGUGCACCCAUUCAUCCCCACUUGUGCUAGUGCCGUGGCUGCACAGCCUAAAUGGGGUUCCGUGUGGCCUAAAUGCACAGCCUAAAAUGGGGCUCUGUGAAGCCUAAAUGGGGUUCUGUGUGACCUAAAAUGGGCUCUGUGUGGCCUAAAAUGGAGCUUGUGCAGCCUAAAUGGUGCUCCACAUGGCCUGUGGGGCUCUGCGCAGCCUAAAACAGGGCUCCGCGCAGCCUGAAUAGGGCUCCGUGUGGCCUAAAAUGGGGCUCCGUGCAGCCUGAAUGGGGCUCCUUGUGGCCUGUGGGGCUCCGCAUGGCCUAAAAUGGGCUUGUGUGGCCUAAAUGGGGCUCUGCAUAGCUUAAACCUGGUUCCACAUGGCCUAAACAGGUCUCUGCACAGCAAAAACGGGUCACCAUGUGGCCUAAACAGUGCUGUGCAGCAAAAACAGGGCAGCGCUAGUGCCCCCAUGGCAGAAAUGGGGCAGGGCUAGCUAGUGUCAUGUGGGCACUAGCGCCGCCCCGUUUACGUGGCGCACAGGUACAUAAAAUGCUCCCCCUUCCCUUUCCUUCUGGUCCUUCAACCAAGAAACUUUGGGGACCUCUGCUCAACAUAGCCCCAAAUGAACUAAGUCAAACUCCCUUGAAUUCUCAUGGACCCUUAAGCUAACCGUUAGUCGGGAAGAUUCCUGCGCGUGGGCUUUCAGCAAUAAAGCAGUUAAAUUGUAGCUUGGCAUGUGGAUAUGAUCUUUGGCACCUGACAAAAGCCAUUUGCAAGAAACCAGGUUGAACUGGGAUGGGUGGUGCAGGCUUGCUGGUGAAGGAAAAAGUCCUUGGUCCACGCUCUCCUUGUCCAGGUGGUCCUCCACUUACAGCCAUUCGUUUAGUGAUCAUUCAAAGUUACAACGGCAGUGGGGAAAAAAGGGAUGUGUGACCCCUUUUCCACACUUACGACCACUGGCAGAAUCCCCACGGUCACGCGAUCAAAAUUUGGAAGCUUGGCACAUAUUUAUGACGGCCGCCGUAUCCCGGGGCCAUAUGAUCCCCUUUUGUGACCUUCUGACAAUGGGGGAAGCUGGAUCGGCUUAACAACCGUGCGGCUAACUCAACAACUGCAGCGAUUCACUUAACGGCUACAGGAAGAAAAGUCGUAAAACGGGGCAAAAUUCGCUUAGCAGCCGUCUGGUCUAGCCGUAGAAAUUUUGGUCGUACGUCGAGGACUACCUGUUUUACCUUGGCGUGUUGCAACUUUGUGAAACUCUGUGCAUCUUUUGUCACACUUGGUGAAACGUUUGUCAAACUUCGUGUAACUUAUUCCCGGGGAAGUCGGAAAGACGAGGCUUACCAGGGAAGCCGCCGGCUCACGCGUGGGAUCCCGCAGCGAUUGAAGCGGUGAGGUGUCGGUGUCGUGACCCUCCCCUCGAACCCGGUUCCCCCUCCCCCCCGGCUAAC